AUGGAAUAUAGGAAGCAAUUCAACGCACGGCACCAAUACAACGGCGAGGGCGUGCAAAGGUUUGUGCAAGAAUUGCGCCGGCUGGCCAGCAGAGCGUUUGAAAAUGAUUGGCCCGCGGAAGUGGAGAAGAAGUUGCUGGAACAACUAGCCGAGGGUUCCAGAUCCAAUAACGUACGACGGCAUCUGCUCAUGAACCCACCAUCGGACUUGGAGGGGGAUGUCAAACGUGCAGAAGAUAUGGAGAAGCUAGAGGCGGCCACAGCAGCACCUGGAGAAUGUCUAGCGGUGGGGCACGAUGGUGCACAAAAGGGUCAGACAUCAGGUGUGGCAGAGAGGCUGAGGAAUGCGACGACCGUGGCGGCCCAAGUAUCGGUUCCAGCACAGAUCACCAGCCCGUGGCAUAACAGGACAUUCAACUACGGUGGACGACAACCUGGUGAGUCCAAGCAAAAAAACGUUGAAUAUCCCCACUGUUUGCUACCAGUCAAAUAG